UAUAUUUAACAUUAAUCUUUCCAUUAAUGUUAACUUUAUUGUAAAUAUUUCUCAGUAAUGUAUGCACUUAAAUAACGUUUAAUAUUUAUACAGAUUAAAAUAAAUAACCCACUAAACUUUAAUAAUUAUAAUCUACGAACAUUAAAAGCAAUUAAUCGCUAAACUGGAACGUUUUUCAACUAUACCCUCAACUAUCAAUCAGGAAAUUCAAUGUUUACAUUGUUUACCAACCAUUUACUAACAUAAUAUUACUAUUUAUUACAUUUUACUUGCUUCACAGGUUUUUAUACGCGAUUUCGUAUGGAAGAUGUGAAAGGGCUUUAAAGGCAUGUUUGCUUAAUUACUUAAUAAUUAGCAGAUGUCGUUAUCAAAUUGGGUUACAAACAUUUCAAAACUAAAUGAGUUAAUACUUACGAGUUGCUACAUUUCUUGAUUCUCGUAUAAAACUCGUCAGAAUCAUUAGCAGCAGUUUAUUGCGUCUUAGUCUUCAAUAACGUAACAAUGAUACACGGGGAAGGUGAAGUUUUGGUGCCAGCGCAUUUGAACUUUGGUAAAUUCGUUUUGGACCGACUGCGACGGGCCAAACCGGAUCAGACGUGCUUGCGAAACUGCACGUCCGGUGAGCAGUUAACGUUUAGCCAGUUUACACAAUAUGCAGUCAGGUUGGGAGCGGCACUGGCGCACCUCGGAGUGAGGAGGGAGCACACGGUGGCAGUGGGGGGAGAGCCCCGCGUUACCUUUAUGGCCACCGGGCUGGCGGUUAUGCUGACCGGCGCGACAUACACUCCCAUCCCCCUUAGUUGUGGAUCAGCAACCCUGACGCACAAGUUAAACCUAACAAAGCCAAAGUACUUCAUCUGCACUCGCCUGUUCUGGGAAGCCCACAGCACAACCCUGAAGAGUUUGGAUUUCAUUAAAACCUUCAUUUGUUUCGAUGCUAUCGAGGACAUAGAGUUGUCAGUUCAAAAGUUAGGCUCAUGGCAAACCCAAGUUGAUGUAGACACGUUUGAGCCCGCUGUUGUCAAUGGGGAUGACGUGGCAGUAGUCUUGUACUCGUCCGGGACAACUGGAAUGUCUAAAGGAGUGCUUAUACCGCACCUCAGCUGUAUUGCGAGGUGUGAUACACAAGGAUGGUAUGGCUUCGAUUCUUUGCAAAUAGCUUACUUUGCUGGUGAUGACCAGUGUGGUUCUUACGGCAUUUUUCCGGUGUACACGUUUUGGUGUGCGGGCAAAACAAUUAUCUACUCAGAAGAUGAUGUAGACUUGAAAAUUAUACAAGACUAUAAGGUAGAUGUUAUGCCCACUGUCCCAGCCUUUGCCGAAGAACUGCUCAACUCUAAAUCUGAAUACGAUCUGAGUUCACUAAAGACAAUUUACACUGGCACCACACCUCUUCAUCUCUCGACUGCAAAAGCAUUCAAGGAAAGGUCGUCGAUACAGAAACGCGAGUAGCACUAUGCUCAAACCAGCGCGGCGAGAUCUGCGUCCGAAGUCCGUUCCUCAUGAAGGGCUACCUGGGGGCUUCUGCGCGCUACCUGGACGAGCAGGGGUUCUACCUGACCGGUGAUCUGGGCUACUAUGA